UUAAAAAAAGCUAUCUCAAGAGAGAGAGCCUUUUCCCUUUACCUUGCCGAUAGAUGGCACUUUUUUUUCAAUAAUUCUUGUUUUCCACUUUUCCAACAGUAACAGCAGCAAAGUACAGGUUAACUUUUUUCCUCUGCUUGUACUUUUUGCAUUUUUUUGUACAACCUCUCAAAGUAAAACUUGUCUCAUCUCUCCUCUUUUUUGUAACAAGUAACUUUGUUUUUCUCUCGUUGUAAAGACAAAAAAUAGCAAAUUAUAUAUGUGUAUGUUUGGUGUUUCAUUUUCCAGAGGAUUUCUUUUGGCCAUAUUUUCUGUGUCUCCGUGUACAUCUUGGACCUAACAUUAUCACAUUGUUGACUCGUUUUUUGUUGUUUCGUUUUGUUGUUAAUUUUUGUUGUUAUACCUUUUUUUGUUAAUUUCACUUGUGGAUAUAUUUAUGGACCGCCGUGAUCUGGUCCAAGGCCAUUCUGGUGGAAGUUUGGGACCCAUUGCCUCAAUAUCACAUACAUCCACCUUUAGUAGUGGACCCCGGUUAAGCCAUGCUCCAUCAUCAGAUUUUCAACCUCCAUACUUUCCUCCACCGUACAACUUACCUCAUCAACAAUUGGACUUACAUGGAGUGAAUGCUGCCGCUGCAGCCUCCGUUGGUGAACCAUAUUCACAUUUUAAUUCAUUAGGACAUGAUCCUCAGCAAUACCAUCAUCAUCAUCAUGGAUACGGUGAUUCGGCUGCAGCCGCUCGUCGCAAUUCAGAGCUAGCAUAUGUCAAUGUGAGAAGACCCGAUGUGCUUCAUCAUCAUGUUUUAAAUGACCAGGAACUCAUCAACUCAGGAACUUUACAACCUUUAGACGAUGGACUGGGUUCCAAUGCAGAACAGGAUAGCCACAACAUGUUCCCAGGAGAGCACAAUAGUGUUAUCCGAAAGUGUUUUACCAAUGGUGCAAAACGAACAAGUGAUAAUAAAGAAAUGGUUAUAACCGGGUUAGCCGCUACAGGUGACGUUUUCUGUUCCGUACCUGGACGGUUAUCCUUACUAAGUUCUACAAGCAAGUACAAAGUAACGGUCGGUGAGGUUCAACGUAGACUCAAUCCACCUGAGUGUUUGAAUGCCUCCUUGCUAGGAGGUGUUCUUAGGCGAGCAAAAUCAAAGAAUGGUGGUCGAUCUCUAAGAGAAAAAUUGGAAAACAUCGGUUUAAAUUUACCUGCAGGUCGAAGAAAAGCUGCUAAUGUCACACUACUCACCUCAUUAGUGGAAGGAGAAGCUCUUCAUUUAGCACGAGAUUUUGGUUAUGUGUGUGAAACUGAAUUCCCAUCACGUCAAGUUGCCGAAUACCUUCAUCGCAAUCAUUCUGAUCCAGCUGAUUUAUAUCGCCGUAAAGAACUUAUACUUGGAACUAAACAAGUUAUCAAAGAAUUUGUGGACCUUUUGAAUCAAGAUCGAUCACCACUGUGUAAUAAUAGGCAGCCAAGUUUAUUGGAACCCAAUAUUCAAAGAAGUUUAACACAAUUCUCCCUAAUCACCCAUGGUUUUGGUAGUCCAGCAAUCGCCGCGGCUCUCACCGCAGUUCAAAAUUUUUUGACGGAAUCCAUUAAAUACCUCGACAAACAGUCAGCUAAUUAUCAAAAUUCUGUUCAGGAUACAAAGAAAGACUCCAUGGUGGACAAAAAGUGAUGACGAGAUAACUUAUUAUAUAUAAACUUUAAUUAAUGACAAUUGUUCCCGGUCUAUUAUUGACCAUUGAUGUGAACAACCAAUCUUCAUUUCUUCUUCUUUGGCCAAAAUCAUGUAAUAAUAAAUCAAAUCAUAAAGUCUUAAUGUACCAAGAUCUUAUCCGAGAUUAGCAACUUUUGACAUAUUAUCAUUAUUAUUACCACCACUAUUACUGAAUAAGCUUUAAAUAAAAUCAAAUUCAAAAAAAAUAUUUCAUGUUGAAGAAGAGGAAAAAGAUCAGACAUGAUUAAUCGUAACGCAUCACCAAUAUUCAGUACAUUGUAAACAACUUUUCAUAUGUAUGUAAAAACUAAUGCAAGAUUGAUUUGAAUAACUUUUGCAUGAUGAUAACAAUUCAAA